CACAUCCAUAGAUGUUGAGAUGCAAAAGAUGCUGACCAAGCGUCAGGCUUUGGGAGGCCUUUCCAUUUGUGCGGACUCUGCGGAGCGCCGCAUCAAGCCGAUGACGCAAAUGGUCUGUGCGGCGGGGUGCCCGAUAGUAAAAAGGGAAUUUGCGUCUACGAGAUGAUCUGGAGAAGACCAGAUCAGUGUUGAGAUGACCCGGCCGAUACGUAGCCGUCCUGGUAAGGUGGCUCAGCCGGGUACAUCGUGUACAAUAGAUCAAAAAGUGAAGCUAUUCAGAUGCCAUUGCCGCCUCCAGGCAACUUUGAGUACGAGCAAUGACCUCAUGCUCGUCCCAUGAUUUACCUAAGGCGAACCGAUGGACCUCAAGAUCUUCGGCAUGGCUUCGCGGAUGACUGUGGUCCAGUCGGUUGAGCGAAGCGUCCAAGCGGCUCAAGCAAGGCAGGGUGAUCCUCUAUUCGCAAACGUGGCUUCCGGUUCGGGAAUCUGGGCAUCACCAGGUGUCGCUUUCGCCAACCUCGCUGGCAACUUUACUCUGGUCCUGCAGAAGUUUCCCCCGUCGCUGCAAAGCUACGUUGAUAGUGCUGCCGAUCGUCUGGCUGGUGCAACCGAGUAUCUCCAAUCAACGGCCGGCAUCUCACCGACUUUGCUCUACGGUACAGCCGGCGCCAUCUUGUUGCUCGGGGCCGUGCCAGCAAUCGCAGCACGGAACAGAUCAAACACCAACAACUCCAGAGGCAUGUCGCGCUAUGGCUUCUCAGCCCGAGGGGCGAUGUCGCCCUUCAACUCCUUCAGCUCUCAGGACGGUGUCCCCACUGUGACCAGUGAGGAUUUCAGCUACAUCACGUCAGCUGAUCUGGAGGACCAUGGUCUCGACAUCCCGCAGUCCUACACGACCCAUUCCCAGGUCGUCGACCACGACCACUAUUCGCGUUCGGCGCCUGGUCCGGCCUAUAGCCGCCCCCGGCCCGAGGACGAUGUCUUGCUGAUUAAGCACCAAGGCGUGACAUAUCCGGAGCACUUCCCAGCAUACUCCAUCGGCGAUGGAAUUCUCUUGGUCAGCGACGUGCGGGAACGGGUCAAGAUGAUCCUGGAUCUCUCCGACCGCCAGGCGAAGCGACUCAAGCUGUACUACAAGGGCCGGCGUUUAAAGGACCUCGAUGUGCCUGUGCGUAAGUACGGUGUCAAGGACAACAGCGAGAUCUUGAUGGUUCUGGGGGAUUCGAAUCAAGGGAGCGCCAGCGAGAGCGGCGAGGAGGUCGUAGUCGUUGGGCGUGACGGGCGGGAGAGGUACGAGAGGUCCCCCAGAGUUGGGAACUCCAGCAGGUGGGAAGACCGAAGCCCGCGGGACAGCACCUCGCAAGGCGGUCUAGAAGUUCCUGCAGGGGGCAACAGGAGGAGAGCCACCUCGAGGGUCCGAACUCAGUCACCCGGAUCAGCGGCUUCUACGGCCAGUGCCCCCGCCGCUGUUCCCGUCGGGGUUCCCGGAGGCCCCAUCGAGAAGCUGAAUGCCAUCGCCGCCGACUUUAACAGCAAAUAUCUACCCGCUUGCAAGGAGUUCACCGCCCGGCCGCCCAGAGACACCAAGAAGCGCGCCGAGGAGCACCGCAAGCUUUCGGAGACCGUCCUGCAGCAGGUGCUAUUAAAACUUGACGCGGUCGAGACAGCUGCGGAAGAGGGAGCACGAGCCUACCGGAAGGAGCUCGUGAAUCGGGUGCAGAAAGUUUUGAAGGAUCUCGACGAUGCGAAGAGCUUGAGCUGA